CUACGUAGGAGGAGGGGCAAUCAUCGAAAAAAAGGAGAAGGAAAAGGCAAAAGGGAGAGGGGGGGAGGGGGGGCGAAGAGUACAAGAAACAACAAGGAGCGAGAAUAGAGAACAGGAGGAAGAAGUGAGAAAGAAAACCCGGAAGGAAAAGGAAAAAAAAAAAAAAAAGGAAGAGGAAGGGCUGAAAAAAAAGCACUGCCAGGAUGAUUCGGAUAAAACAGACAGGGUCGAUGAAGAGUGAGGUGGCAGAAGCGGCGUUGGGACAGCUGUCUGAGUCGCGACUGAUUAAUGACGCGAUCGGGACUUUCGAGCCACGUGCGCAACUGGAAGUGUUGUUCAAUGACAGCAUGGGAGGUAUGGAGGGGCAAUUGGGAGCGACGUACGCAAUUCAGAGUGGUAAAUUGAUGAGUGCUACCCACGUUAAGGAGCCCCCUUUGGUCGAUGUCAUUGGUGAGGUUGGUCCAUCGGAUUACCUGGCGCUCUUGUUGAUCGACGUCGAUUGGCCCCGUCCUGCGACAACCCGCGUCGAAGCAGGACAGAGGGAGAUGGAAGAGGCGGCAAGGCAGGCAGCGCAUAGCGAUGACAAAGUGAAUUGGCUGCUGGUGGAUAUACCGGGAGCGAUUGCUACGAUUGAAGGCAUCCCUGCGAAGGAUUACGAAGUGAUUCCGUACGAGCCGCCCGAGCCGAAGGCAGGGGUUCACCGGUUGGUCUUCGUUUUAUGCAAGCAAGGGCAGCAGGCAACGGGUCUGCUAAGAGACGAAGGAUCGAGGCUCACCCUUGCACGGGACAAAUUUCCCACUCGACGGUUCUUAAGGGAGCACGACAUGCAACCCAUCGGCGCGGUCUACUUUCUUUGUCAGUCAUCGAUAGCUGUGCCGACGGUGGGGCAGGUAUCAUCAUCAGCCCAGCCUCCUGUGCCCAGUGUCUCCUGAGUCCCUCAGACUCGGAUGAACAGAAACAGAGUUCGACAGAGAGAGAGACCUUGGAAGUUGGAGCAGCAGAAAGAAUUGCAAUGCCAUCAUGAU